GGCCAACCAGCUUCCUCUCUCAGCCAUUCCGAGCCUGACAGCAGCAGCGGCGUGUCGGCGGCGCUGCCUCCUCCUCUGGUCCCGGAGCUGCAAACAUGCUGUCGUUCGCUGCGAGACACCUCGUGCGGCCACUGUGCCACAGAGCCCCACUUCGUCUCAGCGUACGUGGGCAGCAGUCCCAAGCUGCCUCCCGUACCGUGAACGAAGACCGUCCAUGGACGGGCCAGGAUAGCCUGGCCCAGGACGACCCUGAGAUGUGGGAUCUUCUGCUGAAAGAGAAGGACAGACAAUGCCGUGGCUUGGAGCUCAUUGCGUCUGAGAAUUUCUGCAGUCGAGCUGCUCUGGAAGCUCAGGGCUCCUGUCUGAACAACAAAUACUCUGAAGGCUACCCAGGGAGAAGAUACUAUGGCGGAGCAGAAGUGGUCGACCAAAUUGAGCUGCUGUGUCAGAAGCGAGCGCUGGAGGCCUUUGACCUGGACCCAGAUCUGUGGGGUGUGAAUGUCCAGCCGUACUCUGGCUCGCCCGCGAACUUUGCCAUCUACACUGCCGUCCUCAACCCCCACGACCGCAUAAUGGGUCUGGACCUGCCCGACGGAGGACAUCUGACCCAUGGUUACAUGUCUGACGUGAAGAGGAUCUCGGCAACCUCAAUCUAUUUUGAGUCCAUGCCCUACAAGCUAAAUACUGACACAGGACUCAUAGACUACGAGCAGAUGGAGAUGACAGCCAAGCUGUUCCGGCCCAAGCUCAUCAUUGCUGGCACCAGCGCUUACGCCCGCCUCAUUGACUACGCCCGCGUCAAGAAGCUGUGCACUCAAAUCAAGGCCUACAUGCUCGCUGACAUGGCCCACAUCAGUGGCCUGGUGGCAGCCGGAGCCGUCCCCUCUCCCUUUGAAUAUGCUGACUUGGUCUCUUCCACCACGCACAAAUCCCUCCGUGGAGCCAGGGCUGGUCUCAUCUUCUACCGUAAGGGCGUUCGCUCAGUGGACAAGAAGGGGAAGGAGAUCAUGUACGACCUCGAGGACAAGGUCAACUUCUCCGUCUUCCCCUCCCUGCAGGGCGGACCUCACAACCAUGCCAUCGCUGGUGUGGCUGUGGCACUCAGACAGGCAAAUUCUCCCAUGUUCAAGGAGUACAUUGCCCAGGUCCUGAAGAAUGCCAAGGCAAUGGCUGCAGCUCUUCUCAGCAAGGGCUACACCCUGGUAUCAGGCGGGACCGACAACCACCUGGUGUUGGUCGACCUGAGGCCUAAGGGCAUCGACGGAGCUCGAGCCGAAAGGGUGCUGGAGCUCGCGUCAAUCACUGCCAAUAAGAACACCUGCCCCGGGGACAAGAGCGCCCUGACUCCUGGUGGCCUCCGGCUGGGUGCUCCUGCCUUGACCUCCAGACAGUUCAAAGAAGCAGACUUUGUGCAAGUGGUUGAGUUCAUGGAUGAGGGCUUCAAGAUCGCCUUGGAUGUCAAGAAAAAGACAGGAAAGCUCCAGGACUUCAAGAACUUUCUUCUCCAGGACCCAGAGACUGUGGCUUGCAUUGCUGAUCUGCGCCACCGUGUUGAAGCUUUUGCCAGGCCCUUCCCCAUGCCAGGCUUCCACGAUCAUUAGGCCAGUCUGUGUGGACUCCGGAUGCUGAAAGCCAGGUGAUGGAAAGCUGGCUGAGCAGAAAUGUCAUGUGGUAGUCAAAUGUGGCAGGUGCCUGCAAAGUGGGAGGAAUCUUUAGUUUCCUUGUUAUCAGUCAGAUCUAGGAAACUGGAUUUUUUUUAUACUUCUUUACAAUCGCCACCCACAUCACUUCUCGGAGUAACAUGGCCUUCAUAAUAAGUAAGAAAAGUAAAACAUUAGAGGGUUUUCUUUUAGGGCCGAAGAAAGUAUUUUCUAUUGUAUGUGCAAAGAUCUUUGUCACUUGUUUUUACAUAAUUUCUGUAAUGUGGACGUAUGGGACAAUAAAGAAACAUGACCAACAGUUACUGGUCAAUCAGCCUUUGUGACCUGAUUUCUGUAAAAUUAGUAAUUAUAAUAAAUCACGCUGAAGAGUCUUAAUGCUGUAAAGAAUCCUAACUAAAGUCGCUAAUGUAAAUUACUAUAUUCACAUCAAGAUGCAUGCAUGGUACUUUUUUUUAAACUCGUUUUCUGUUUAUGAAACCAGCUACACAAGAAAUCUUCAUGAUGUGAAGUGAUUUUCUACCAAACAAGUGUGGUCGCCAUUUAACAUUUUCUGGAGGUGAACUUUGUUUAAAAUCAGAUAUUCACUCGUAUCUUUUUUUUUUAAAUUAGCCACACUUGUCUCCAAAGUGGAAGGGUCCAAGUAUGAUCAUGCAGGAGGUUUUUAAAUGCUAUAGUAUCACGACAAACUUAACAUGACACAUAAUUGUUAAAAACUUAUUUCAUACAAACAGCUUAGGCAAAAUCCAUUAUCAUAAGCUUCAUAAAGUAGAAUUUAUUUAGGAACAUGUAUCAGAUUAUCAGAUUGUAUUGCUUUACAAUAUUAUUUAAAAAUAAUAAUUAAUUAUGUAACUUUAAGGUGUCCAACACGAGUAUCAAUAUGAUUUUGUGGGUCUAUAGAACAAUUAUUUGUUGAACAGUCUGCCUGAUUUAAGUGACACUUGGAAGUUGUGAAGCAACUGGAUUUGUUAAAAGAUUUUCAUGGUAUUUUGUUUUCUCUUUGGUUCACAGAGUGGCCCUGUUGUCAUUAUCACUGCAUCAGUGAGGAAGCAAGAUUUCUGUGUAAAAAAAAUAGAAAUGGAAAAAUAAAUGCCAUUAGAAACGGUGUGGUACUCCAGAUUAUCCACAUCAGUGGACAGUUUUUGACAGCCAAUGGAAUAGAUUUUGCCAAAACUUACAAACCAGUAUUUUACAGUGUUCACAAUUUCACAAUUUGUUUGUUUUCAUCUCUGUGUGUUGACAUCAAUUGUACAUCAAGUGUGAACUGCCUUUUACAGAACAUUUUUAUGUUAAUAGCUGUAACCCCUAAUAAAAUCCAAUAAUGCAAACCUUA